AUGGGCGGCGGCUGCUGCUGCGCCCCGGCCCGGGCUCUGCUCCUGCUGCUGGCGCUGGGGAUGCCCCGCUCCCGAGCCGAGCGCCUGGCGGAUCCGGUGCCGCCUGCUCUCUGCGCCCGGAGCGCCUCCUGGACGCCGCUGCGGCCGCCGGACGAGCAGCCCGGCUGCGCCACGCCGCCCGCCUUGUGGCUCUGCCCGGCGCCGCGUCCCGCCCGCGGCCUCUGGGCGCACCUGCUUGGGCCGCUGUGCGGCAGCGCGACGGCAGCGGGCGAGGACGGGCCACUGCUGCUGCUCAGCCGCCUUCUGCUGGCCCAAGAUCCGGGCGGCCGCUUCCGCAGAGGACGGAGCCGGGCGCUGUGCCUGGAGCCGGGCUCCCGCGUCCCUCUGCCGCCGGGCAGCGCGUGGGGAGGCUGCCAGCUGCGGUGCAGGGUGCGCGGCGGGGGCGGCAGCCGGAGCCUCUCGCCCCACCCCCGCGGGGAACUGAUCCUGCCCCCGCGGGCCAUGUGCCUCCGCUCCGGGCACCCGCUGCGCCUGGGGCUGCUGUGCGGCCGCUGCGAGAAGAAAGGCGAGAGCUUUGUGCGCUGGAGCCUGGGCCUGGGCACCUCGCCGCGCGAGAUGGAGGCGCUGUGGCUGCAGGAGGGGGACCUCCGCGGCCGGGCGAACAGCCGGAGGAAGCGCAACGUGAACGCCAGCCCGCAGUUCCACAAGCCCACCUACCAAGUGGCUGUGCCGGAGAACAGGCCCGCAGGGACGCCCGUGGUUUUGUUGGGGGCUGUGGACCCGGAUGAGGGGGAGUGGGGCCGCCUGGACUACUCUAUGGACGCUCUUUUUGAUAGCCGCUCCAACAGCUUCUUUGCCAUUGACCCCCAAACCGGUGCAGUGACCACAGCUGAGGAGCUGGACAGAGAAACCAAAAGCACCCAUGUAUUCCGUGUGAUGGCCACGGACCAUGGCAUACCACGCCGCACAGCCCUGGCCACACUCACGAUUACAGUCAGUGACACUAAUGACCACGAUCCCGUCUUUGAGCAGCAAGAGUACAAAGAGAACAUGCGGGAGAACCUGGAGGUCGGCUACGAGGUGUUGACAGUGAGAGCCACUGAUGGUGAUGCCAGCCCCAAUGCUAACAUCCUGUACCGCAUCUUGAAUGGUAAUGGGUCCAACAGGAUAUUUGAGAUUGAUCCGAAGUCUGGUGUCAUCCGCACCAAUGGUCUCGUUGACCGAGAGGCUGUAGAGUCUUACCAGCUAAUAGUGGAAGCCAAUGACCAAGGCAAAGACCCUGGGCCACGCAGUACUACAGCCACAAUCCACAUCACGGUGGAAGAUGAUAAUGACAACUCACCACAGUUCAGUGAGAAACGUUAUGUGGUGCAAGUACCUGAGAAUGUGGUUUCAAACACACACGUCCUACGGGUGAAUGCAACAGACCGUGAUAAAGGUAGCAAUGCUCUAGUGCAUUACAGCAUCAUGAGUGGCAACACCCGGGGGCAGUUUUACAUUGAUGCCCAGACAGGUAACAUUGAUGUGGUCAGCCAGCUUGAUUAUGAGAUGAAUAAAGAAUACACACUUCGCAUUAGGGCCCAGGAUGGAGGAAGGCCUCCCCUCUCCAAUAUCAGUGGCCUGGUGACCAUCCAGGUGCUGGAUGUAAAUGACAAUGCCCCUAUCUUUGUCAGUACCCCUUUCCAGUCCACAGUCCUAGAGAAUGUGCCUGUUGGCUACUCUGUUAUCCACAUUCAAGCCAUAGAUGCAGAUUCUGGGGAGAAUGCUCGACUGGAGUAUGCUCUAGUUGACACUGGCUCUGAUUUCCCCUUUACUAUCAACAACAACACAGGAUGGAUUGUGGUGGCAACCGAACUGGAUCGUGAGUCAGUGGACUUUUACAACUUUGGUGUUGAGGCCCGAGACCACGGCAGCCCUCCGAUGACCUCUUCAGCCAGUGUCAGCAUUACCGUCUUGGAUGUUAAUGACAAUAACCCUGAAUUCACCCAAAAGGAAUAUGCCAUGCGUCUUAAUGAAGAUGCUGCUGUGGGCACCAGUGUCCUUACAGUCUCUGCUAUUGACAGAGAUGUCAACAGUGUAAUCACCUACCAGAUCACUAAUGGGAACACCCGUAAUCGCUUCUCCAUCACCAGUCAAAGUGGUGGUGGUCUUAUCACCUUGGCCCUACCUUUGGAUUAUAAAUUAGAGCGCCAGUAUCUGCUUACUAUCACAGCUUCUGAUGGCACUCGACUGGACACGGCACAAGUCUUUGUCAAUGUCACCGAUGCCAAUACUCAUCGGCCAGUGUUCCAGAGCUCUCAUUACACUGUUAACAUCAAUGAGGACCGGCCAGUGGGCACCACUGUAGUGAUCAUUAGUGCUACAGACGAGGAUACAGGGGAGAAUGCCCGCAUCACUUACUUCAUGGAAGACAGCAUCCCUCAGUUCAAGAUUGAUAUGGACACUGGUGCUGUCACCACCCAGAUGGAACUGGACUAUGAGGAUCAGGUGUCAUAUACCCUUGCAAUUACAGCCAGGGACAAUGGUAUCCCACAAAAAUCAGACACCACCUACUUGGAAAUAUUAGUCAGUGAUGUAAAUGACAAUGCACCACAGUUCUUAAGAGAUGGUUACCAAGGUUCUAUAUAUGAGGAUGUCCCAGCCUUCACUAGUGUCUUGCAGGUUUCUGCCACUGACCGAGACUCUUUCAUGAAUGGGAGGGUGUUCUAUACCUUUCAGGGUGGAGAUGAUGGGGAUGGAGAUUUCAUAAUUGAAUCAACUUCGGGCAUUGUUAGAACUUUGCGUAGGUUAGACAGGGAGAAUGUCCCAUUGUAUGAGCUUAGAGCAUAUGCAGUUGAUAAGGGUGUACCAGCCAUGAGAACUCCGGUUGAUGUGCAUAUCACUGUUCUUGAUGUUAAUGAUAACCCUCCAGUCUUUGAACAGGAUGAGUUUGACAUCUUCAUUGAGGAGAACAGCCCCAUUGGUUUAGUGGUAGCUCGGAUCACAGCCAGUGACCCAGAUGAGGGCACCAAUGCCCAGAUCAUGUAUCAGAUAGUGGAAGGUAACAUUCCCGAGGUCUUCCAACUUGACAUCUUUUCAGGAGAACUGACAGCACUGAUGGAUUUAGAUUAUGAAGCCAAAUCUGAGUAUGUCAUUGUGGUGCAGGCCACUUCAGCUCCACUAGUGAGUCGGGCAACUGUUCAUGUCCGUUUGCUGGAUAAGAAUGACAACAUACCUGUCCUGAAAAACUUUGAAAUCAUUUUCAAUAACUACAUUACAAACAAGUCCAGCAGUUUCCCUACCGGGGUGAUAGGUAUGAUUCCGGCCUAUGACCCUGAUGUCUCUGAUCAUCUGACCUAUAGUUUUGAACAAGGCAAUGAACUGAAGCUGGUACUUCUGAACCACAGCACUGGGGAGCUGCGUCUGAGCAGGGCCCUGGAUAACAACAGACCUCUAGAGGCCAUCAUGAGAGUUUCUGUUUCAGAUGGAAUCCACAGUGUGACUGCACAGUGCACACUUCAGGUGACCAUCAUCACAGAUGAGAUGCUAACCAACAGCAUUACUUUGCGGCUAGAAAACAUGUCACAGGAACGUUUCCUUUCCCCUCUGUUGGCUCUCUUCCUUGAAGGUGUAGCAACUGUGCUGUCUGCUCCUCGUGACCAUGUUGUCCUUUUCAACAUCCAGAAUGACACAGACGUGCAAGCUGCGCAGAUCCUUAAUGUCAGUCUCUCAGUGUCAUUGCCAGAUGGAGUCCAUGGGGGACACUAUAUUCCAUCUGAGGACCUGCAGGAGCGACUCUACCUUAACCGCACACUCCUAGCGGCCAUCUCCGAGCAGCGAGUCCUGCCUUUUGAUGACAACAUUUGUCUGCGGGAGCCCUGUGAAAAUUACAUGCGUUGUGUCUCAGUGCUGAAGUUUGAUAGCUCAGCACCUUUCAUUGCCUCUGAUACCAUUCUUUUCCGACCCAUCCACCCUGUCAAUGGUCUACGCUGCCGCUGCCCACUUGGCUUCACUGGUGAUUAUUGUGAGACUGAGAUUGACCUCUGCUAUUCUAACCCUUGUGGAAACAACGGACGCUGCCAAAGCCGUGAAGGAGGCUAUACGUGCGAGUGUCAAGAGGGCUACACUGGGCAAAACUGUGAGGUGAACUCACGCCUGGGUCGCUGCACCCCAGGGGUCUGCAAGAAUGGUGGCACCUGUGUCAAUCUGCUGGUGGGUGGAUUCAAGUGUGAUUGCAUGUCUGGACACUAUGAAAAGCCCUACUGCCAGAUGAGCACCCGCAGCUUCCCUGGCCACUCCUUCAUCACCUUCAAGGGCCUACGCCAGCGCUUCCAUUUCACCAUUACUCUCACGUUUGCCACUAGGGAACAGGAUGGGCUGCUUCUCUACAAUGGGCGCUUUAAUGAACGCCACGACUUCGUUGCACUGGAGAUUGUGCAGGAGCAGGUGCAGCUUACCUUCUCAGCAGGAGAGUCAACAAGCACCGUCUCCCCAUUCAUUCCAGGGGGCGUGAGUGAUGGGCAGUGGCACACCGUCCACCUACACUACUACAACAAGCCUAUCAUGGGCAAAUCUGGAAUUCCUCAGGGGCCUUCUGACCAGAAAGUGGCUGUGGUGACAGUAGAUGACUGUGACACUUCAGUGGCCUUGAAGUUUGGGUCCAUCCUGGGAAACUAUUCUUGCUCAGCACAAGGGACUCAGUCGGGCACUAAGAAGUCCUUGGAUCUGACUGGUCCACUGUUAUUAGGUGGUGUUCCUGACCUGCCCGAGAGUUUCCCUGUACAGAACCGGCACUUUAUAGGCUGUAUGCGGGACUUCCUGAUUGAUAAUCAAGAGGUGGACAUGGCUGACUUCAUUGCCAACAAUGGGACUGUGCCUGGCUGUUCAGCAAAGAAAAAUGUCUGUGAGAGCAACACUUGCCAUAAUGGUGGCACAUGUGUCAAUCAGUGGAACACGUUCAGCUGUGAGUGUCCCUUGGGUUUUGGAGGCAAGAACUGCAAGCAAGAAAUGGCUAGCCCCCAGCGCUUCUUUGGCAACAGCAUGGUGAUCUGGAGUAACUUGGCAUUAGUCAUUACACUUCCAUGGCACAUUGGACUCAUGUUCCGUACUAGGCAGGGCAAUGGUGUCCUCCUACAUGCUACAGCUGGGCAACAUUCAACCAUCACUAUGUUGCUAAACGAGGGGAAUGUGCUGAUGACUGUGUACCGUGCCAACAGCCAGGUCUCAGCCCUGCGGCUGCACCAGGUGAAAGUGAAUGACGGUGACUGGCACCACCUGCAGCUGGAGCUGCACAACAACAGGAACAGCCCAGAGGCCCAGUGCUUAGCCAUUGUGGCCUUUGACUACGGCAUACACCAGGUGGUAGCCAACAUCAGCAGUGAGUUGCAUGGACUGAAGGUGCGGAACCUGAGUGUGGGCGGCAUGCUGGGGGAUGAGGAGGAGGUGCAGCAAGGCUUCCGUGGCUGCAUGCAGGGUGUACGAAUGGGUGAGACAUCAGCCACUGCUGUGGCCUUGAAUGUGAACCAGGCUGAAAAGGUGAAUGUGGAACGUGGCUGCAGCAUCCCAGACCCCUGCGACUCUAACCCAUGUCCUGUCAAUAGUUACUGCAAUGAUGACUGGGACAGUUACUCCUGCAGCUGUGACCCAGGUUACUAUGGAGACAGUUGUGCCAAUGUCUGCUCUCUCAAUCCUUGUGAGCAUCAAGCUGUGUGUGCCCGCAAGCCUAGCUCAUCCCAUGGCUACACUUGUGAGUGUCCUGACAACUACUUUGGGCCAUACUGCGAGAACAAGCUUGCUCAACCCUGCCCUCGAGGAUGGUGGGGGCACCCUAUUUGUGGUCCCUGCAAUUGUGAUGUUGGUAAAGGCUUUGACCCUGACUGCAACAAAACCAGUGGAGAGUGUCACUGCAAGGAGAACCACUACCGACCAGCAGACAGUGCCAUGUGUUUGCUUUGUGACUGCUACCCCACAGGCUCGCUGUCUCGCACUUGUGACUCUGAGACCGGGCAGUGCUCCUGCAAGCCUGGUGUGAUUGGGCGCCGCUGUGACCACUGUGACAACCCUUUUGCAGAAGUCACCAUCAACGGCUGUGAAGUGAAUUAUGACAGCUGCCCCCGUGCUAUUGAAGCUAACAUUUGGUGGCCCCGUACUCGCUUUGGCCUGCCUGCAGCUGCACCAUGCCCCAAGGGAUCUGUUGGGACUGCUGUACGGCACUGUGAUGAACAUAAAGGUUGGCUGUCUCCCAGUCUCUUCAACUGCACAUCACUGACUUUUGCUACUCUCAAGGGCUUUGCAGAACGGCUGUUGCAGAACGAGUCGCUCUUGGACACAGAGCAAUCUCAGCGGAUAGCCCUGCAGCUUCGCAAUGCUACACAGCAUACAGGCAACUUCUUUGGCAGUGAUAUCAAGGUGGCUUAUCACCUCUCAGCCCAGCUCCUAAAACAUGAAAGUAUCCAAGAAGGCUUUGGCUUGGCUGCCACACAGGAUGUGCACUUCACUGAGAACCUGCUCAAAGUGGGCAGCAUCCUACUGGACACUGGCAACAAGAAGCACUGGGAACUGAUCCAGCAGACCGAGGGGGGCACCGCACAGCUGCUCAGGCACUUUGAGGAUUACGCCAGCACUCUGGCCCAGAACAUGCGCAAGACCUACCUGAGCCCCUUCACCAUCAUCACACCCAACAUUGUCAUCUCUGUAGUGAGGCUGGAGAAGAUGAACUUUGCUGGUGCAAAACUGCCUCAUUAUGAGGCCCUCCGUGGUGAGAAACCUGCAGACCUAGAGACAACCGUCAUCCUCCCUGAGAGUGUAUUCAAGGCUCCUGAAAACAAACAACCUACUAUGGCCAAUGCCAAGCAUCUUCCUGGUACUGGUGAAGAAGAAGAAACCACCCUGAUGACAAGACAAAAGAGGCACCCAGAUCUGAGCGAGGGCCAGGCCAUUGCCAGUGUAAUCAUCUACCGCACUCUUGCAGGCUUGCUUCCAGAGCAGUAUGACACAGACAAGCGGAGCCUGAGGGUCCCCAAGCGUCCCAUCAUCAACACCCCAGUAGUGAGUAUCAGCAUCCAUGACAACGACGCACUGAUGCAGCGGGCCCUGGAGAAGCCUAUCACUGUGCAGUUCCGGCUGCUGGAAACUGAGGAGCGGACCAAGCCCAUCUGUGUCUUCUGGAACCACUCUAUCCUAGUCAGUGGGAUUGGUGGCUGGUCAGCCAAAGGAUGUGAUGUUGUCUUCAGGAACGAGACCCAUGUCAGCUGCCAGUGUAACCACAUGACCAGUUUUGCUGUGCUGAUGGAUAUUUCUCGCAGAGAGAACGGUGAAAUCCUGCCCUUGAAGACCAUUACCUACGCCUCUAUUGCUGUGACACUGGGCAGCCUCUUGCUCACUUUCUUCUUCCUGGCAGGCCUGCGGGCCUUAAGAUCCAACCAGCACAGCAUCCGCAAGAAUCUGGUGGUGGCAUUGUUUCUCUCUGAGCUUAUCUUCCUGCUGGGCAUCAACCAGGCUGAUCUACCAUUUGCCUGCACUGUCAUUGCAAUCUUGUUGCAUUUCCUGUACAUGUGCACCUUUGCCUGGGCACUGUUGGAAGCUCUGCACAUCUACCGCAUGCUGAGUGAGGUGCGUGACAUCAACUAUGGCCCCAUGCGCUUCUACUACAUGGUCGGCUGGGGCGUGCCAGCAUUCAUCACAGGGCUUGCUGUGGGCCUGGACCCUGAAGGUUAUGGAAACCCUGACUUCUGCUGGCUCUCCAUCUAUGAUACUCUUAUAUGGAGCUUCGCUGGACCAAUUGUUUUUGCUGUUGCAAUGAGCAUCUUCCUCUAUAUCCUGGCCACCAAGGCUACUUGUGCUGCUCAGCAACAGGGUUUUGAGAAGAAGGGGACAGUCUCUGGUCUGCGCUCAGGCUUUGUCUCUCUGCUGCUGAUAAGUGUCACCUGGUUUCUGGCCCUGCUGUCUGUCAACAGUGAUGCCAUCCUCUUCCACUACCUCUUUGCUGGCUUCAAUUGCCUCCAGGGUCCCUCAAUCUUCCUCCUCUGUGUCAUCUUAUGCAAGGAAGUGAGGAAGGCUCUCAAGUCCAGUUGUGGCAAGAAGCACAGCACUGACCCCACACUCACCACCAAAUCUACUUUGACAGCGCCUGCUUAUAACUGCAACAACACGUAUGUGGACGGGCAGUUGUACCACACACCCUUUGGAGACUCCACAGGUUCUUUGCACAGCACUGUCCGCUCAGGCAAGAGUCAGCACAGCUACAUUCCAUUUGUCCUCAGAGAGGAGUCUGGCUUGAACAACAGCCAGUUACACAUUGGGCCUGUGGAUCCCAGCUCACUCUUCCUGGAAGCCAAGGAUCAGAACAAUGAGCGUGACACUGACUCGGACAGUGACCUUUCCCUGGAGGAUGAUCAGAGUGUCUCCUACGCUUCCACCCACUCUUCAGACAGUGAAGAGGAUGAAGAAUUUGCCAGAGAGCCCUGCUGGGAGAACUUAUUGUGCCCUAACAAUGAGAAAAUGCCAGCACACAGUACUCCAAAAGCAGACAACCUUUCUGGCCCUGGGAAACCCUACUGGCCAGGAGACUUCGUGACCACUGCUAGUGAGAGUGAUGGGCACGCUGGGUCAGAGAAGCUGCGCGUGGAUCCAAUUGGCAAGAAUGACUGGCUGGGGCCAGCAGAGGAAGCGCUCAGAGAGAAUGGGGAGACACAGGCCAGGGAGAGCAUCCUGAGCUCACUGCCUCACCCUGCUGCUCAGCCCCAGAAAGGCAUUUUAAAGAAGAAAUGCCUGCCACCCAUCAGCGAGAAGAACAGCAUUCAGCGUAUCCACAACAAGCUGUCCAGCUGCCGUUCAGGGAUGGUUUCUUCACAUGGCUCUUCGGGCAGUGAUGGCAGUCGUGGGGGAGGGGUAUCGCGACCCCGCCAGACGCUCCAGGAGCAGCUCAAUGGCCUCGCACCCAUUGCCAUGAGCAUAAAGACUGGCACAGUGGAUGAGGACUCAUCAGGCUCCGAGAGUGAUGAAACCUCAAUCUGACGCCGCACGCACCAGACUCUCUCUCUCUCUCUCUCGUGCAUUGGCCAGUCCGGGAGCCAGAAUUGCUCUCAAACCGCAGCGAGGAAUGUUGUCUCCUUCAGCCCGGCCCGGCCUGAGUAGCCGGACCCACAGUAUGUAGUGCCAAAUGAAACUGACUUGCCAUCCUGACACCAGGUCAAUGGCAGGACCCAGGAGACGGACCUACUUGAACAGAUGCACUUUGAAACAUUGUAAAAUGGACAGAAACACAAACUUGACCACCUCCAAGUCUUCAGGGAUUUUCAUGCUUUGUUGCCCAGUCUGGAACUUCGGCGAGUCUGGAAUAUUUUUCUUAUCUUUCCAGUUGGGCGGGGAAACCUCAGCAGCAAACACAUGCCUGGGGCCCCUGGACAUGCUUUACUGUGCUGAUGUUUGCAUAUCUGACAGUGGGGCUGCAUAGGGGUCAGUGUGCUCGAAGACAGAUGCCACAGGGGGCACAGAACAUGGUAGGUGUUAGACUGAUGUGGCAAAUCAAAAAUGGGGCACAGUUUCUGGAGGGACAGGACAUUGCUCUGACUUUCUCCUAAGACUAGGGAACUUUGGAUUAAGGCCUAAGAACACAACAGCAUGAGAUCUGUAGGCACUACAGGCAGACUGCAUUACUGAUGACCUCCCUGAAGGCCUCCUCUGCACAGUCCUAGGAGAUAGCCCUGGCCUCUUUCUGCAGUAUGUGUGACAGUUAUUUUAAGGGUGCUUUUCUGCCAUCCUGUUGCGAGGGAUUUAAAACAUGCCUGCAGGAGCAGUAGAUGGAUGUUAUCCCAACAGGCAAGUCAGUCUCCAUCUGUCUGGCACAUAGGAGAGAUGGGGGUCUGAAAUCUUGGCUUUGCUAUGCCAAGCAUCCACAGAAUUGAGAAGGGCUGAAUAUCAGGAAGAAACUUUCUCAUCCAAAUAACUUCUUGUGUAAGUAGUUGAGUGCUCCUUGCAGAAUAGCACUCAGUGCCAUCUCGUCUGCUCCGGCCUAAGGAAAAUAAAAGUGUUUCUUGGUUAUGUUGCUUAAGGAGGUGUGGUAAGAUUUAUAACGAAAACCCAGAGCCAGUUCCCCAGGAUGUUCCAUACAUUCAUCAGCUCAACAGAUUUGCAUCAGCAGCUGAGACUCUCGUUCCUUCCCUGGCACGUUGCUCACCUCAGACUUGGCACUCCAGAUCGCACAGUGGAACCAGAAAACUCAGUGGGACUAGAGUCCUGAGUGAGAUUAGAACCCGACAUAAGAUACCUUCAUCAAUGGAAGUGCUCCCUCUUGGACCAUAAAACUUACUUUUUUAACCAGUUGGUUGUGGCAGCCACCUUUCCAAGCUCAGCCUGCCAGUUCAGUGACUUAGCCUCACUGAGUUUGUUCCAAGAGCCGUCCCACAAGGCGUGAGCAACAUGGGAGUGGCCUUCUGAGCCAUCUGUCCAUGUUGCAAUUAUUUUCAUAGAAAACGACAAAAAGAAAAAAGUCUCCCCUUCUGCUCCUUUUCACCAGUCAGCACCUGGUCCCUGUGCUGCUGGGCUGGAGCAAGGAUGCUGCCUUGAAGUCUCCCAAUAGCGCCCGGCACUUAACGCCGACGGGGCGCUGCCUUUCUGCCUCAGAAGCCUUCAUUUUUUCUACACUCAGCCAAGCCAGAUGCCUGCUCAUAAGGGGGAUUUUCAUGCUGGGUCCUUUUGGAAAGUUUUUUAUAGAGUUCCUGGGAAAGAGAUUUUUCUGAUAAGGGAGUGGGGAAGGAGGGGGGCAGCUUGGGGAGGGGUGAAGGCACUGUUUAUUUUGAUGUAAUUUUUUAUUUGACCACUGCUGAAGGAUGUUCUAAUUUAAAGAGAUGAAAAACUGUUUGGGUUACAACUUUAGCUUCAUAACUGUGUUAAGUCUUGUUAGCUGGCUUUACUGACUUAGCCAAGGUUUGCACAAGGAGGAGUUAAUCAGGACGUUGACUGUUGACAUGGCCUGGCUUACUCAAGGAUGGGGUUCCCAAAAUGAGGAGGCUCCUUUCAUCUCCUCUGGAAAUCUUGGUCAUUGCCACCUGGCCUUUGUGGGGGCCUCCUUGACAACUCUCCUUGCCCUUUCUUGGAAUCUUUUAAUGUAAUAGGAUGUGAUGCUUUUAAAUCUGUGUCAUGUCAGCCUGGCACUUCCAUAGCAGCCACUGUGUGUUAACCACAACGUUAAGCAGAAAGCAUAUCGGUUCCAACACAGUCUCUUAUGUAGACUAACUGAUCUGGUACAUUUUUUCCCCAUCAAAAUGUACCCUGUGAGCAGUUUAGCUCACCUAGUUAAAAAAAUGGAAGAGAUUUUUUUCCUAAUGCAGAAGGAGCAGCAUUUGAGUUCUCGCUGGAGGUCAGUGUUGCCCUGACCUUCAGUUUCACAUUGGUCAACUUCUAAUCUGUAAGCCUAUGGAAAGCGGAGACCUAUCUUGAAAUCAGAAGUUCAGUCAAGCAAUGAUAUUUGUACUUCCUCCACUCUUCCGCUAGGCUACCUACCAUAAUAUUGCAGCGUUAAAAGGCAAGCCCAGGCUUUGGGUCCUCAGACAAGUAGACCAUAUCCUCCCUUAGGGGUGAGAAUAUUAAUGCCUCAGCCCCUAGAGAAUGAGACACUCCUGUUGGCCCUAGCUAGUAUACCAAAACCUCUAGUGAAGAAAAACGCAACAUACUCUUAAUCAGUUCUACUCACAUGCCAUAAGAGAUGCAGCAGAGAAUUGACUUGGGGGGGAAAGCAAGCAGGGAAGCUUUCCCCCCUCAAACUUCCCAUUGCCAACUCACAGCGUGCGAGCAAGUAACAUACUGUGAAUUGUGCUGUCAGUGGAAACCCAAGUAUCUACUCUGCAGGUGUGGAAUAAAAGAUAGGCAGAGCUAAUGGCUAUUGUACAAAUGUCUUCCAUAAAGGACCCCCUGGCUUUAGUUUUCUGGCCAGCAUUUGCCAUUGUUUUCUCCUAUUGGGGCAGCAUGAUAGGCAGAGAGCCAGGCAACUGAUCAUCGCAGGUGCAUGGGAAAAGCUUCACUUGUAGAAUUUUUGUCUGUCACAGAACUGUUAAAGGUACAGGAGCUCUGCCAGAAAAAGACCUUGGUCACUUGCUCCAUCCCCAAUACCUCAAACCCUGACUUACAACCCAUAUAGAUCCCAAGUCAAGUGUACAAACUAGCUUGUGAUAACAGUGUUCUAUGCAAGAUGUUUUCUCAUCUGGAGAAUGCAAAUUAACAAAAACAAGCCGGAAUGCAGUAGUGGCCCAAAGGAUUCUGGGUCACUGAGCUCUCCUAAUGAUCAUGACUUCUGGGGGGGAGGGGGAUCAUCUUCAGCCUAUGACUUUGCCCAGAAUAGGACUGAAUAGGAGAGGGUAGGAAUUCACCUUAAUUAGUGACCAGGAUAAAUUGCCAAGCUAGUAUUAAACCUUAAAAGCAUGUUACUGAUUGGGAGGGGACUGGCUUCUACUGGGAACUUCAUGAAAGAGCUUAGCUUCUCAAUCUAUCACUGGUAUUGCUUAGCCUUUUUUGAACACAUGCUGCCAUGGACAGAAGACAAAACUCACCUGUUGGCUAUCUCACCUAUGGAGAUGUGAUAGGCAUGUCUACAUUUUAAUUUAUUUGUAAUUGUUUUUUAAUAUAUAUAUAUCUGUUAACUGGAGAGUGUCUAUCCAAACCUG